UGCAAAGUUUCGACUACAGUGCGACGGUUGUGCUGAGCUCGUUUGAUCCAAAAAAUUCAAAAAGAAUAUAUAUAAUAAAUAGAUAUAUAUAUAAACUUGACUUAAAUAUAUACAAGAACGAAAGUUAUAGAAAGUUACAAUGGAACCCGGUCCUAGUGCAGUGAACUACGAAGGCAGUGAAUCUGUAUGCGGCAUGCCGGUGGAGGCUCACGAUCCCCUUUACUUGAAGGCCUAUCGCCAGAGUGUUCAGAAUCCGGCUGCCUUUUGGGAGGAGCAGGGUAACCUGCUCGACUGGGAUCGGCCAUGGGAGAAGGUACUGGACAACAGCAAUCCGCCAUUCACCAAGUGGUAUGUGGGCGGUUACCUGAAUGCCUGCUACAAUUCCAUUGAUCGCCACAUACUGGCCGGCCGCGGCUCCAAUGUGGCCCUAAUCCAUGACAGCCCCUUGACGGGCACAGUGCGUCGGGUUACCUAUCAGGAGCUGUAUGACCAGAUCGUUCUGCUGGCCGGCGGCCUGGCCAAAUUGGGCGUAGUCAAGGGUGAUCGCGUCGUGAUUUAUAUGCCCCUCAUUCCGGAAACCAUCAUUGCCAUGUUGGCAAUUGUGCGUCUGGGUGCGAUUCACUCCGUGGUCUUCGGUGGCUUCGCCGCCCGGGAACUCUGCUCGCGCAUCGAACAUGUGGAACCAAAGCUGGUGAUUGCCUCCAAUGUGGGCGUGGAACCGGGCAAGGUGGUGCCCUACCUGGACAUUCUUCAUUCAGCUAUUAACAUGUCGCGAUGGCGACCACCGCAGCGUAACAUAAUCUUCCGGCGGGAUAAUGUUACGCCAGAUACCACCAAACUGGAUCCUCUGACGGAUGUGCUCUGGUCAGAUAUUCUAAAGAUGUCGGAGGGCGAGCGGCCCAUAGCCUGUGUUCCCAUCGAGGCCAACGAUCCCUUGUAUAUCCUCUAUACCUCUGGAACUACGGAUAAGCCCAAGGGAGUCCUUCGCACCAUCGGAGGUCACCUGGUUGCCUUGGUGUACACGCUGCGCACUCUCUAUGGCAUCAAUCCCGGCCACACCUGGUGGGCGGCUUCAGAUAUGGGCUGGGUGGUGGGUCACUCGUACAUCUGCUACGGUCCACUCUGCCUAGGGGCCACCAGUAUCAUGUACGAGGGUAAACCGGACCGUACUCCCGACCCGGGUCAGUACUUUAGGAUCAUCGACCAAUACCAGGUGCGCUCGAUCUUCUCGGUGCCCACCUCCUUCCGUGUUAUCCGUCGUGCUGAUCCGGACAUCAGCUAUGGACGUCAGUACUCCAUGAAGUCGCUGCGCGCCAUCUUCAUUGCCGGCGAGCACUGCGACUACGAGACCAAGUCCUGGAUCGAGAAGACCUUCAAGGUGCCCGUGCUCAACCACUGGUGGCAGACGGAGACUGGAUCCGCGGUCACCGCCACAUGUCUGGGCUUCCAGCAGAACCUCAGUCCGCCCACCUACUCCACUGGCUUGCCCCUCAUGGGCUACGACGUCAAGAUCCUAAAAGCGGACGGCAGCGAGGCGCAGACCUCGGAGCUGGGCAGGAUUGCGCUGAAGCUACCACUGCCACCCGGAAACAUGGCCACGCUCUACAAGAACGAAGAGCUCUUCCGCAAGCUUUACUUUCAAAAGUUUCCGGGCUACUACGAUACAAUGGAUGCGGGCUACAAGGACGAACGUGGCUAUAUCUUUGUGACAGCUCGCGACGAUGAUGUGAUCAAUGUGGCUGGCCAUCGUUUGUCCACCUCUAGCCUGGAAGACGCCGUGCUCCGCCAUCCGGACGUGGUGGACGUGGCCGUUUUCGGGGUGCCCGAGGCCACCAAGGGACAAGUGCCACUGUGCUUGUACAUUCCUGUGGAGAACUGCAAGAAGACCGAUGCCAAGCUGUCGACGGAGAUCAUCAAGCUGAUCCGCGACGUGGUUGGACCCAUCGCCGCCUUCCGGCUGGUCACGUCCGUCAACAACCUGCCACGCACUCGAUCCGGUAAGACGAUGCGCAAGGCGAUGGCGGACUUUGCCCGCAACGAGCGCGUCAUCCUGCCGGCGACCAUCGACGAUGCCAGCGUGUUCGUCGAGAUCCGGAGGGCUCUGAACCAGCUGGGCUAUGCCAUGACCGCACCGGAUCCGAUUGUGGCCAAGUUACUCGACUGAAGGGCUGCAAGGACCCUCAACCUGAACCUUAGCUUGUACGAUACGAUUCCCAAGAAGUAAAAUAAAAUGUAAGCCAGUUUGGCUGGGGUUUUUCCUCCGUUUAUUUGCGUAGGCCGCAAAGUGGCGAAAAUAA